UUGAAUUAUGUGAAAUCAUCAGACACUGGGUUUGAUAAUGGAUGAUGAUAAUGGAUGAGCAACGAAUCCAAUAUUAACUUAGGAAUAUUUUUACGCUACAGAUAUGGCAUCUUCUUCUGAGGAAACUAAGAUUAUUUAUCAUGUGGAUGACGAAGAAACACCAUAUCUAGUAAAAAUUCCAAAGCCACCAGCUCAAGUAACACUAGGAGACUUUAAAAAUGUUAUCAACCGACCAAACUAUAAAUUUUUCUUUAAAUCCAUGGACGAUGAUUUUGGAGUGGUGAAAGAAGAAAUUAUUGAAGAUGAUGCACUACUACCAUGUUUUAAUGGCCGUGUUGUUUCAUGGGUUGUUCCUCCUGAUGAGGAUGGAGCUUCGAAUCAUUCUGGUGAAGGCAUGUUCAACCCUUUACCAAAUGUGUCAAGAUCAAGUACAAUUCGCAGUGCUAAGGAUCGUAAUGUAGAAUCCGAUGCUGAAUCAAUAGUGUCUCGAAAGAGUUCAAGGUCUCGUACAAGUAGAAGAUAUGAAAGUGAUGCUGAAAGACGCCCAAGACGCAUGCAUCGUGAAAACCGUUCAGAAUUUGAUGCCUCCUCUGUAAUGAGUAGUGAUUUGGAAACUACAAGUUUCGUUGAUUCUGAUGAAGAAAGUCAAAUGUCAAGCGCAACAGAAAGCUCAAGAUAUGUAGGCGGUCAAAGAAGAAGACGAAGAAGAAGACAACGCAUGCCAAGAGUAGAAAGGUGCUCUUCAUUCAGUACCAUCACUGAAUCUACAAUGUCCCUAAACAUAAUUACAGUUACGCUCAAUAUGGAUAAAAUCAACUUUCUUGGUAUCAGUAUUGUUGGUCAAGCAAACAAGAAAGGCGAUGGUGGAAUAUAUGUUGGCUCUGUGAUGAAAGGGGGAGCUGUAGAUGCUGAUGGACGAGUUGAACCAGGAGAUAUGAUCUUAGCUGUUGGCGAUACAAAUUUCGAAAAUAUGAGUAACGACGACGCAGUGCGAGUGUUACGAGAAUGUGUGCACAAACCAGGCCCUAUCACCUUGACUGUUGCUAAAUGUUGGGACCCUACGCCGAAAGGCUACUUCGCAGUACCUAAGAAUGACGUAACGAGACCCAUCGAUCCUGCAGCAUGGCUACAACAUUCAGAAGCAGUUCGAGCUUCUGGUGGCUUACUUGGUCGAGGUACUGGCAGUCCUUCAAUGAGUACGAUGACUUCAACCAGCGAUUCUUUAACAAGCUCUAUCCCAGAAGCUGAUCGCUACCUUGAUAAUCCAGACGGGCUGGACUUCGGUUUAACUAUAGACACUGAUAUGCACACUAUUGUAAAAGUAAUGGCUUCGUCCGACUCUGGUUUGGUCGUUCGAGACAGGAUGUGGUUGAAAAUUACUAUCCCAAACGCUUUCAUCGGUUCGGACUUAGUGGAUUGGUUAUUUGCUCACGUCGAAGGAUUCCAAGAUAGACGGGACGCUCGUAAAUAUGCGUCGAAACUCCUCAAGACUGGACUCAUUCGUCACACCGUGAACAAAAUCACAUUUUCGGAGCAAUGUUAUUACGUCUUUGGUGAUUUAACCAACCGCAUGAAAGGUCUCUCCAUUCAAGAUAUAGAGGGUAGCGAAGAAGAUAGUUUAGCGCCAAUAGCUUCCACGGCACCCUCUCAUAUCGGCUCGUGGAUUGGUCAAUCACAAGGCAAUUAUAUCAUGUCUGCUGGUGGUGUGCCCAUGAUUCCUGCACAGUUAAUGGGUAUGGGACCUGGUUCUGACGCUGGCGGACCUCCUUCCUAUCAACAGUGCUACCCACAGGUAUAUCCUGGUUACCAAUUCUUCUCUCAACAUCCUGGCAGCAUCGCCAACAGUCAAGGAGUGCCAAGCCAUCACACUGGUGGCAGUGGUAGCAACCACAGCGGCUCUGCUAAGAGUGGUUCACUAAAGAAUUCCCAGCGCGAUCCAGACCAAGUCACCAUACGAAGUAGUGGAUCUUCCGAGCGAAGUCACAGCAGUAAAGGCUCGAAACGGGAAAUGAAUGACAAAUCGUCACUCGCCUCAUUCCAACUCGACACCGUGAGUUUAAGAAGCGAAGCGAUGUCCGAACACAGCGUAGCUAGUGUGCGUAGUAACUCACAGAUGGUCCCUAUGGGCGGGAUGGUUAUGGGAAUGCCUGGUGCGCAACUUCCUCCUGGUGGUGUGAUGUUAGCUAUGCCACCGCAACCAAACCAAAUGAUGCAAGCACAGCAACAACAACAGCAGCAGCAAGCAAGUAAUCUUGAAUCUAUGCCGUCAAGUUUGACCGCGAGUAGGCAGAGUUUCCGAAUGGCUAUGGGUAAUUCGUCCAACGAAUUUUUUGUUGACGUGAUGUAGUCUCAUUUUUUUCGCAGCAGUUAAUGCUUUAUUUUAUUGAGACUGACUGACUCUGUCGUCUUCUCCACUAAAACGGUGGGAAGACGAUUUUUUACAACGAAGAAAAGUAGAUAUUUAUAAAUUAUAUUUUUAUUCUUUAUCUAAGUUAGAUUAUUAAUAUUUACUAUAUGCGUACCUGGAAUAUUUCGUAAACCAAGAAAUGGACAGGUCAGUGGACAGGUCAUACAAAGCGAGUUGUUGGUUUUGUUUGAAUUUAAGGACAUUUUUAUUUACUUUUUUUUGCAACUUGGGUUGAGUGUUUAACUAUGUUUGGAUUUUUGAAUAGGCGUUUCUUUGUGUGAAGUCGUAGUAAAUACUAAAACGCAUGCAGGGAUGUCCAGUGGCGAAGUGGUAAACAGCUUGUUAUAUAUGUAUGUGUUUUUUUAUACUUAAAAUUAACUUAAAUUUCUUUUUUUAUGCUGUAUACUGAAUGAUAUUUAGAUUUUGUGUGUUUAUGUAUAUAUACAUAGUGUGUUGAGCGUAGGCUUACAUGAAAACUUAUUGAGAAUACUCAGAACAAACACA